CCUGGACUUCAGUAUGUCUGAUUGUACAUCCGAUUGGCGCUACAGAAAGGUUCUAUCGGGAUCUGAUGGGAAUCUCUUUGAAGAUGCCUUUGGAUUCCAAGGUUGAGCUGAGUGUUGACAUAAGACAUAACAAUUCCUUCCAGUUACCUCUUAGGACAUAACAUGAAGACUAUCAGUGAAAACCAGAAGAUCUAUUGUGACAAUUAAGGACACUAAGACUAGGCAGCAGAGGACAAGAGGUACUGGGCUCGAUAAUUAUGGAUGAAACUGAUUUUUCAGAAGAUACAACUUAUAAGCAACAGGAGGAUCUGCCUUAUGAUGACACUGUCUCCCCAAUGAAGAUGUGUGAUGAUGGCAAUUUUACCUCAAAAAAUAAUAUUCCUGGUGUCUCAGAUCAAGUUAUUCUAACAGAAGAUGAUCCUCAUGAAAAGGCAGAGCAUAAUGAGAUUUGCCUAAAUACAGCGGUGGCCAUGACUUGGGAUAAAAUUACUGAAAAUGAUUUUCUUGUUGACAAAAAAGGUGAUCCAGAGAAACUAUGUUCCAUGAAUCUUUAUAUUCCAGCUAAUGAAGGAUAUACUUCGAAGUCAAAGAUUUCUGAUAUUUUGCUCCAUCAUCUUUCUAAAGAUCCAUUUCUAGGAGGUCAAGGCAUUGAUUGUGAAACUCUCCCAGAGAUCUCUCAUGCUGAUAGUACUGAUGAAGCAGCUAUUAUUACAAAUAUUUCUUCAUGUUAUGUAAAGAACUUUUGGUACCCAGAAUUCAAUGACCAACUCAACCCUAACAGGGAUGGUGGAAACAGCAGUAAGCCCAGUUGUUCUCCAAGUUCUUCUGAUGUAGAAGAGCAAGUGGCUGUUGGAAAUAGCAGCCAUCAAGAAAAUUCAAAUUUUCUAACAAAAAUCACAGGUCUGAGUGAUAAACAAAAAAGUUGCCAAGGGCAGGAACCCCAGAAACAGCUGACUAAAAAAGCAAGCUCAAGCAAUGUGUUCAAAUAUGGCCAAGGUCAAGUUCAUUACCAGCUCCCAGAUUUCUCUAAGGUUGCUCCCAAAGUGAAAAUCCCUAAAAAUAACCUAAUGAGUAAAUCACUUACAAUGGCUAAACAAGCCAGCUCCUCUCCUAAAUUGAGAAAUAAAUCAACAAUUGUGCAAGACAUUUUAGAAAACCUGUCUAGGUCAAAUUGUGUUGAAAAACAACAACCAGAGAAGAAAAGGAAAAUUACAGAUCCUUCACAACAAAUACAGAUGGAGUCUACAGUACACAUCCAUCAAGAACUUCUCACAGGAUUGGAAUCAGAGACAAGUCUCUUGAAGUUGACAUCAGCUUCUCCGAAAGAUCUUCCCUCAAGUUCUUCGUCCAUAUUUCAAAAAAUAUGCCAAGGGAAACAGAUGUGUCAGAAAUUAAAAGAACAGACUGAUCAACUGAAGACCAAGGUACAAGAAUUUUCCAAAAGAAUACAACAGGACUCUCUCUGCCAUUUGCAAGACAGAAAGCUGGAGGACCCCGGCGGCGGCGCGUCGGGAAGGCAGGAGCAUGCGGAGACGGUGGCACCGAGUCCAGGCUGUGCCUUCUGCCGCCGACUCCUGGAAUGGAAGCAAAAGAUGGAAAGAAAAGGUCUCAGAAGGAUCAACUGUGGCAGGUUUUCAAUUGUCAUUCAUGAAAAGGCACUGCACCAAGAUUCAACUCUCGGACCCGGCUUCUCUGAUUCCAGCAGCGGACUGCAGCCUAAUAAAUGUGAGCAUUGUGGCACUGAGAGUCAGAACUCCCGAAGAGUCUGCGGUAAAGACCCACGGGAAGAAUUUCAUUAUAAAUACAACACCCCAGGACAGUAUUACUUAAAUCAUAGCAGAAGGGGUACCUUUGUCCAGUUCUACUCUUUAGAUGAAAAUAAAAAUUCUGCACCUCCUUGUUCAAAACCAAAACAGCUAUGUUCCCAGAGAGUGAAUUCACAAUCCUCUCAAGAUAAAUGUGAGCCUGCACUAGGAAAAAGAAAUCUAAAGACUUUUAUGACCUGCAGCGCAGAUCCUGCAAUCCUCCCUCCCCAUUUCCAGUCCUGCAAGAUUUCUGGAAGCAAAUCCUUGUGUGACUUCAAUAGCAUUGAAAAAACAGAAUCUAAGAUUUUAAACUCGGCCUUGGAUCAUGCCCUAAAGACAGCAACCAUUUUGAAAGACACUACUGAUCAAAUGAUAAAAGCAAUUGCAGAAGACCUUGCCAAAGCACAGAGAUGGAGGAAUUGACUGAAAUACUAGUUUGUCCUAAGGCAACCAAGGUUAAAAAGAAAAAAAUAUAUGAAGAAAACUUGACCAACACAAAAGUAUUUCACUUGUUACACAAUUUGAAAGAUGUCUUUUCAGAGGAAAUACUAAAACCAUAAAAGGGUAACACAAAGUAUUUAAAUGGAAAAAAAAGGAUUUGAUUCUUAAAACCAAAAGAAACCAAACCAAAACAAUAAAGUUUACUUUUACCUAUUACUCUGGGGAAAAUUAAAGAACUACUCCCAUACAUUAUUGGUGAAGUAUAAAUCGAUGGAAACUUUUUGGAAGAAAAUUUGUUAACAGAGAUGUUCUUUGGCUUGAGAUUUAUAUCCCAAUGAACCCAUAGUAAGUCGAAAAUACUUUAAGUUGAAAAUUCAUUGAAUAAACCUAACCUACUUCACAUCAUUGCUCAGCAAAACACUUAAGUGUCUGUUUCCUGUGUGACUUCAUGGCUGUGGGAGCUGUGGGUGGCUGCCAGUGCCCAGCAUCAGACGAGUAUUAUCUUCUGACCAGUGAAUCCACCACUAGGAAUUCACAGAUGACUUAGUAUUCCACUACAUGUAGAAGAAGGGUCACUGUAACACUGAUAGUAAUACCCUCAAGGGAAACUAAUCUUAAAUACCCAGUAUAAGGAUUAGUAAAUAAUACUCUGCAACCAGUGAUAAGAAUGAGGCAGAUUAUCUAUAAGACAUUGAAUACAAAAAUACCUA